AUGUCAUCUCGAUCAUUUCAACCACAGUGCGACCUUCUGACUGAAAGAAAUUUAAGGAAACAUACAGAAAGCUUCGACAGAAAAUCCCUUCAAGAACAAUACAUUUUAGAUUAUGUUCUGGAGCAGCAACAAAUAAAUUAUGAAGAGUCGCAACAUUCAAAUGAUGCAGACUAUUCGUCUUCGGAUUCCGAAACAAGCCGUAAGGCUACGCUUUCUGAUAAUUCGCGAUAUUCUGUUGAACAUGGUCUACCUUCAAUAAAUAGUUCGCUCCUUAUUUCGAAAUCUCAAUUACGAAAAUCAAAAUUAUCUGAAACAUCCGAGAUUAAAAAAUCAAAACCCUGCUCAAAACAAAGAUCUGUCUCAAAGACCAGAAAGAAAUUUUCUGAAAGGAGAUCUCCAUUGAGAGAAACUUCAUUGAACCAGAGACGUAGUAAGCAUAUACAAAAAGAAAGGGACCAAAGGAACAAAAAGUUCUUAAAAAAAGCAAAGGAAGAAUACUUGAAAAAUUAUUCACGAAGUGCUAUUAAUACGAACCGUCGUGAAAGUCGUGAAAGCCGUAGAAGCAACGGUAUGCGUCCUAGCUCUCUAAUAAUGCGGAAUUGGUAUUCGGAUAAGCUUGGAACAGAUCGCAUAACUCUCCAACCGGAUAAUAAAGCUAAAAUUGGGAUUUUUAACAAAGGAAAAGCAUCGGAAAAAGUAAAAACCAGAGGAGUUCCUGAUUUAGUAUUCUCCGAAAUUGAUUUCCUUAAUUCGAAUUCAUCGCGUAAACGAAUAAAUCAAAAUGAUGAUGUUUUCCGUCAAGGUAAUUGUUCUAACCGUUUUUUAUCACAAAUCUUUUAUACCAAAAAAUUUCAUCAAAAUGAGCAAAACGUGACUCAAAUUUCAACACAAGAUACAGAUGAAAUUUCGGAUUCUAACCACCGUAAGAGUUUCAGGAUUUCAACGAUGAGGAUAAAAAAUAAACAAAAGCAAUAUUACAGUGAAGAGAAGAGCAUUUCUUCAAAUAAUAGUCAGCAUCUUGACAAUGAUUUUAAUUCUAGUUUGAGAUCAAACGACAAAGGGGAAACGGACGCGUCAUCCAUAGGACACGCUCAUGUCAAUAAAAUAUCGAGGAAGCGAAAUGAAGUAUCUUCACAUUUUGUUAGUGGUCAAAAAAAUAAGAAGCCAUCUAAAUAUGCGUCUCGAUCUAGAAAAGAAAAGAAAAUUACAUCAUCUUAUUUUGCUAGCAACCGAGACAAAGAUUGUUUAACACCGAAAGAUAAACACAAACCGACUGAACAAGUAGAUAAUAAUUCUUAUAUUGCUCAGACUGUCGAUUCGCUUCGUUCAUUGGCUGUUGAUGCGGAAAACCAAUCUCAAAUUGAUGAUUAUCAAGGGGAUUCUCAAGUUGAUAAAAUUACACCCAAAUCUGAAGAAUCGGUUGUUGAACGAGUAAAGAUUCCUAUGAAAUUAAAUGAAGAUUCAAGUACAAAGAAUCUACAAAAUGAUCCAAUAUCGUCAGAAGAAAAUAAAAGUGAAAAAAUGUUCUCUGCCAAAUCUGACAGUGAAAAAAUGGUUGUAGAUUUUAAUCCAUCUUGGAUUAAACGAAAAUCAUUACCUUUGAAUAAAUUAUCACAAUUGCAGAACCAAAGUACGGCUAAAAGCAAUGAACAUCAAAGUAAUCGAAUUUAUCGUGCAGUAAUUACUGAAGGUGCAAAGAUAGAACGAUCAAAUAUGACUGAUCACGAUGAAGAUAAGGAAGAGGAAUUGAAAAAAAUUCAUAAUAAUUCACCUAAUAUUGAACUUGGAAAUAAUGAUGAUAAUGUUAAAAAUAUUUGUCAAGAAAUGUUUGCAAGGGAUAAUCAUAUGAAUGUUGACCUCUUCGACGAUCCAAUUCAGACUUAUCAAGGUCAUAAAGAUUAUAGUAAAUGUGAUACUGUCGAUGAACAAUUAACUUUAGACAUGCAAUACAAAAGUAAUAAUGCGUUAGUAUAUGGAGGUAUAGACCAUGAAGGAUCCUUUGAAGAUUCAAAUAUUUACACAAUUCCUACAACUUUUGAAGAUCAUCAAUGUUGGACUCCUUCAAAUGAAUUUCCCAUGUAUGAGUCUCGUAUUAUACCACAAACGUCAAUGAUGGAAAAUCGGGUCCCAUGGAACAGGAUGGUUCAAUACCAACAUAACCCAGAUUUAAUCGUAAAUAAUCACUCAUCCGUAAACAACUAUGAGCAGACUUGGGAAGAUAGUAUUAACAAUUCACUAUACAUUGAUGCGGAACAUACAAUGUACGACGAAACUAACCAAACUUCACAUGAUGAAAUUGAAGGAGAAAUAAAUGAUGAGACUAAUAUGGCAGCCUGCUUUGUCUGGAGGAAACAUCGGUUACAUUAA